AUGACAAAGGACAACGGUUGCAGCAAAUAUACUGGACUGAGCUAUUAUAUGCCCAGAAAAUAUUCUCCGAAGCGUGCCUAUCCGUGGCUAACGGACAUAACUCGUCUAGGAAUGUCAAGCAACAAGAAACAAGCAAUUGAAGCAGCCAUCAACGGGCCAAAUGUUUUGCUAAGGAGUGUUUAUCCAUUGGACAAAGCUAAUGUGUCACUUGGUACCAAUUCCUGUUGUCCGUCAAUUCCAGGGCAAGUCCAAGGCUGCCUUGUAGCAAGGCCCUCACCAUCUCUAUACACGGCUAGUGUGUCACUUGGUACUGAUGGUACGAGCGUGGGAGUAGUUGAGCCAAAUGCUCCUCUUACUUCAGAGAGCAAUCCGAAUCUGGUUGGUAACACAAAAAACCAGAAAGCAUGCAGAGGAAAGAAGUUAGCCAUGGCUAGUGAGCCUGGCCCUAACAUAUACCCGUUAUCCAAUCAGAGUCUGUUAUCGACCGGAGUAUUUGAUGGGGCUCCGGUGAAGUACACUUUGAGGAGCCGUGAUAUAAUUCUUCACGGUGUUAUAAAAGGAUCGAAGAUUCUCUGUAGCUGCAACGAAUGCAACAACUCUAAAUACAUCACUCCCUGCGACUUUGAGCGCCAUGCUGGAGGGAAGACCAGGAAACCGUAUUCUUGCAUCUACUUGAAGAACGGCAAGAGCAUCAACCAAGUCUGUCAGGAGGUGAGGACCACUCCCAAGGACAUGCUUUUUCAUCGGCUUCCGGAAAUUGCAGGUUCCGCUUUUGGUUGGCUAAGCUUUAACACUUGGAAAGGUCCUUCUGAUCUCGACUCCUCUCCAGCGGCACCUCCCCCAACUAAGAUGUCCAACUUUAAGUCUUUGCAGUAA